GCGGACUGCCAAUGGAUGCCCCUUCCCCGGUCCGGUCGAUUGCCGAAACCGCAUUGCAACGUGCUCAUGGCACAGCUGCGGGAUUACUUGCACACUGCAAUACCAACUCCGUUGAUGGACGCCGGAGUAGAGGUAUUCGACCUUCACAAUUACAUUGCGAAGGCCGCGAGUUCAAGACACAACGGACUUUAUGGUACGCCCGACCUUGGCCCACGCGUCCGGAGGAAGUCCCAGCCUACGCAAGUCACGUUGGCAGACAGUCACACGCACAAGUCAAUCGAUCGGUGCAUAGAUGACGUCCCCGUGUACUUUGCCCCGCAUGCAAGCGAGGCGGUGUCCUUUGAUAUCUUGGACACCAAAUUCGACACGAUCUUGGGCAUGUCAUGGCUGCGAAGCGAGGAUCACCCGGUGAACUUCUACCCCCGCACCGUUCACGUUCGUGAUCGGAACGGAGUACUAGUCUCAUGCACGGUGGCUCCUCCUCACCCUUCGAUCAGCUGCCACGUGGUGUCCUCCGCAAGCAUGCGAGCUUCCAUCAUCAGAGACGACAUCGAGGAGAUGGGGGUGUGUUUUCUCCACGCCCUCCAGCCCCAUGACGCUUCAUCGACGGACUCAUCUUCGGACCCACGCAUCACCGAGCUUAUCGACGCCUACGACAACGUGUUCGAAGGCCCGCACGGAGUAGUCCCGAAUCGGCCCAUCCGCCACGAGAUCAUCCUCGAGGACGGGGUUGUACGUCCGCACGGUUGCAUCUACCGAAUGGGCGAGGAAGAGUUAAGUGUGCUACGGGCACAACUUGACGACCUUCAGGAGAAAGGCUGGAUUCGGCCUAGCUCAUCGCCAUACGGUGCUCCCGUUCUCUUCGUCCGGAAGAAGAACAAGGAUUUUCAAUUGUGCAUCGAUUAUCGCAAGCUCAACGAGCAAACGACCAGAAACGUCGGCCCUCUUCCACGCAUCGACGACCUUCUCGAACGACUGGGCGGCGCCAAGUUCUUUUCCAAGCUUGACCUCAAGUCGGGAUAUCACCAACUCGAGAUUCGGCAGGGGGACUGCUAUAAGACCGCGUUUAAGACGCGAUAUGAGCAUUUCGAAUGGCUGGUUAUGCCAUUUGGCCUUGCGAAUGCCGCAACCACUUUCCAAGCGGCUAUGACAACGGAGUUCCGACACAUGCUGGAUCGAUUUGUACUUAUCUACCUCGACGACAUCCUGGUGUACAGCCGAAGUUUGGACAAGCAUGUGGAACACCUGUGCACCGUUUUGGAGCGGCUACGACAAGCCAAGCACAAAGCCAACCGCGACAAAUGCGAAUUCGUGUGGCAGGAGCUGGAGUACUUGGGACAUUAUGUGACGCCGCAAGGCAUCCGUCCGCUUGCGGACAAGAUCAAGGCCCUCCGCGUAUGGCCCGAGCCCACCAACACCACGGACGUUCGUUCAUUCAUGGGGUUGGCGGGCAACUAUCAACGAUUCAUCACCGGGUUCACAUGGGUCACGGACAACAACCCAUUGACCUACUACAAGACGCAGGAUACGGUGAGCAGCACGAUCGGGCGAUGGAUGUACUUCAUCGACCAAUUUGACUUCACACCGAAACACCUCCCCUGCCUCUCUAAUCGCGCAGCAGAUGCACUUUCGCGAAGACCUGGUCUUUGCACUACGACACAUCAUGCCUUCGCAUUCGACGAGGAACUCCAACGACACUUCAUCCGGGGUUAUGAGUCUGAUCCGGACUUCGCCACAUUGUACGCGCAGCUAUCUUCGGAUCACCCGCCGGCCAGCCACUAUCGCAUUGCCGACGGGUACUUGCUCCUCCACUCAAGAGGCAAGGGCUUACUAUGUGUCCCACGAGAUCGUCGUCUUUGGACUCGCCUUCUCGGCGAGUAUCAUGAUCCGCGACUCGCCGGCCAUUUCGGAGUCAACCGCACCAUUGCACGACUUCGACAACGAUUCGGAUGGCCCGACCUCAUUACCGAUGUCACUCGGUAUUGCGACUCUUGCGAAGUUUGCCGACGAAGUAAGCCCCGCAAUCGCAACCCCUACGGCGAGUUGCGGUCGAUGCCUAUCCCAAGGGAACCCGGCAUCUCCAUUGCCAUGGAUGUCACCGGACCAUUUCCCCACGAUCGCCUCAGGCUCGACGACAUCCUCACGGUGGUGGACCGUUUGAGUACGUAUGCGCGUUUUCUCCCUUGCAAGUACUACUCCACGGCUCCCGAGUUGUCACGCCUCUUGCACACCGGCUGGAUUUGUGGCCACGGUGUACCGCAAGACAUAGUCAGCAACCGCGACACUCACUUCAUGUCGACAUUUUGGACUGCUCUCAUGCAGGAGUCCGACACGAAGAUGAAACCAAGUUCGGCUCGACAUCCACAGACGGACGGGCAAACGGAGCGGGCACAUCAAACCACUCAAAUGAUGCUUCGUACGCUCAUCCGUCCGGACCAGAAAGAUUGGGUUGACCGCCUCCCCGACAUCGAGUUCGCCUACAACACUUCGGUGCACCCGGCGAUCGGCGUGACUCCAUUCGAGUUGCACCACGGUGGACGGAAAGACCGUAUCUUCGCCGACCUUCUCCUCCCACGACCAGCCGACAUCGACGCCACUUGCUCUCCUGCUUCCGUCCGGAAGUACAGGGAAUUGCUCAAGCCCACGCGAAUAUGCAAAAGGCUCAAGUCCGCAUGCAGCAGCAAGCCAACAAGCGUUGCGUGCCAUGUCCCAUCCGCGCCGGUGAUCUGGUUUGCGUCUCCGCGGAAUAGUUUGCACUGGAAUAGGAUGUUUCACGCAAACUGCUUCCCAAGUGGUUUGGACCAUGGCCCGUAACAUCAGCCGCGAGCGAUGAGCCCGAUGGCCCUUCAUUUGUGAUCAACAUCCCCCCGCAUCUGAUGGUCCAUCCAGUCUUUCACGCCUCGAAGCUGACAACAUAUACACCAGCUAAGAGCGACGACUUCCCGGGCUGACGAUCGCACGACCCUCCAUCUAUGGAUGGUCAUCAGGAAGUUGACCGCGUCAUCACUGAUCGCAAGUACCUCGACUGUACAAAGUUACAUUCAAAGCAUGCGAUCCCGACGACACUCGGUGGAUUUCAGGAACAGA